AUGGAGGAUGCACUCAGCGACCGCCUGAUUCUCGACGUGCUCGACGACUUCAAAUCGCUGAAUCUCAAGGAGACCGCCAGCCACAACCUUCAGCAUCAACAGCAGCAACACUAUCAACAGCAGUUACAACAGCAGCUGUUGGAUUCAUAUAAUCAAUCGAUUGAUAGUUACGGUGGUAGUGCCACCGGUGGUGGUGGUGGUAGUAAUGGUGGAAUGUUGGAGCAAUAUAAUUGGGAGGGUGACGACGAUGACUAUUACUACUAUGAGGACAACGACAAUGUUGCCGAGGAAGAACCGACACAGGACAAGAGUGCGAUCCAAGAGAAGUCGAUAUUCAUUUUGAAUCACUUUAUCGGCAUGAAAAAGAAAUACGAUACAAAGGCAUUCAAGUCGCGUGGUAUGAUUGUAUGUUCCGGUAGAAAGAAUCUGUUGGUUUAUAAGAAAACCAUCGAUUCUAUCAUUGAAAAACUACCGUUAGCAGAGCAAUUCGAUACUAUUGCUGCAUUCUCACCGUUCUCAAUCGAUGGCAAGAUGAUACUAGAGUCUGAUGUCAACGUCAAUGGAAAGUACGCACAUUUCGGUGCCGACAAGAAUCGUGGUAUCGUUAAAGCACUCCAAGAAGACAGACAAACUAAAAUCAGAUUAUUAAUCGUUGCCGAUAAAUUACAAACUGGUUUCGAUGAACCAUCUUUAUCGAUGAUGUAUAUUGAUAAAAAGAUAAAAGGUGCAAAUAUUGUACAAACACUUAGUAGAUUAUCACGUAUCUCUAAUGAGAAGGAAAAGACAGCGAUCGUAGACUUUGUGAAUAGUGAGAGUGAAAUUAAACAGGUGUUCCAGAUCUACUCGAAAUCGACGACGUUGAACGAUCUUCAGGGCGAGGCUAAUCUUAUAUCAAAGUUGCAGGUAGCAGCAGAGAAUAUCAAAGAGGUCUAUGCCAACGAAAGAAAUACAAAGUCGUUUGCUAAAUCGAUACAAUUCCAUCAGUCGAAAGGCAACAAAAAGUAUAUCGAGGUCGAGAACGACAUUGAAGACUUUUUGAAUAUCUAUUCAAAGUUGGAUCGAUCAGAGAUUGCCGAUAUUCUCGCAUCGAUAUCUUACAACAUUGUUAAAUCUGUAAAAGAUGCAUUGGAUGAAUUAAGAGAACAACAAUUAAAAACAAUUAAAGAGAAUACAUCUCAUUAUACAAUUAGAGUUAGAAUAGAUACUUUAACUGAUUUAGAAACAAAGAAUACUUUGGAGUUAUCACAUCAGAAUGUAGAUUAUGAUGCUGAUUUCGCAGCUUCUUUGUGGGCCGAUAAGAAAUCACCAAGCCCAGAGAAAAAGAGAGAAUCAACUAUACAAAGAUUAAAACAAACAACUAAACAAUUAAUGAGUCAACCACAAUUACAACAACAACACCAACAACCACAAACACAACAACAACAACAAACAUUACCAAGUUCAGGUAGUAUAAAGACAAGUUCUUCUCUAAUGGCAUCAUCUUCUUUCAGUUAUAAUGCAUUCGGAUCAACAGAUGUUAAAAAGCCUGCUGCAGCACCUAUCAAUCGAUCCGUUAGUGUUUGGUCAAUGGCAAAGGAAUCCAAUCUUAAACGUCCAAUGUUUCAACCUCAAUUUCAACCAAGUUUAAAGAAACAAAAAGAAGAAACUUAA